GGAGAUAAAAAGAAAUUUGCUGAGACAGUUGUGAUUUAUGUGAGAGUAACGGACAAAGAUGGGCGAUUGAUAUUUCAUGCCAGAUACGGAAACUGUUACGAAGGUCCAAAUGCAAAUACAGCUCAUGCUGAGUAUUUUAUGCUGAUCGAUGAAGAAUUCAGACAAGCUGUUAAGUUCCUCCAAGAUAUUAAAGGAGGGAACAUUAACAUGUACAUGAACAAACAACCUUGUUACAAGUCAACAGGUCAUGGUAAGAAAACAGAACUUAAAAUUAAAAACUGUGCACAGGAACUGCUUAAUUUCUUUCAUUUCCAUUGCUUGUUUUCCAGUAUAAAAUUAAAAAUCUAUCUCUGUCAGUUCUACAAAGUCGGCAAAAUUGUGCAAAGUCCAUUGUUACUUCAAGAAAAAGGCUCCCUCGGACAGGAUAUUUGGAACGCGCAGCUGGGCUUGAAAAUCUUGCUAUCUCAAUUUAACAUUGAGCUCAAGGCUAUGACACAAGAAAGCUGGGAAACACUGGCUAAUUAUGCUGAAAUUAAAUUACCCGACUACCAAGGAAGUGAACGACAAAAGCUAGACCUUCACAUCCAUAAUUUGCUACUGGAAAUGAAGAAAUUACCAAUCAGUCAGCUGCUCGGAGUUGUUUAGAUUCCUUUUAGUGUAAAACAAGGACAACAAUUGGUACUAGCCAUCUAAAAAGCACCAGCACCGCGAGUUAUGGUUGACGGGCGUGAGGUGUCUGCUUGUUAAAUCUUUUGUUGAACUCAGGACAAAACUUUGCUGAAUCUUUUCAAUGGACACAAACACGAGA